GUAAAGAGCCAUGGUGGGUGUGUGAAAGCUUGAAUAAGUUUCUUAUUCAUCGAUCUGACUGGGGAGCCAAAGAACCAACAGGAGUACUCCAGUGCCUACCGGGCCCAGUGGAAUACAUUAUUAUUCAUCACACAGUCACUCCCGCCUGUACUUCUUUUACAGAAUGCUCAAAAUCUAUGAGAACAAUACAAUUAGAGCACCAGAAGGAUAACAAAUGGCUAGACAUAGGUUACCAUUUUGUGAUCGGAGGAGAUGGUCAUGUAUACGAAGGUCGACCGUGGUACAAAGUCGGAGCUCAUACAAAAUAUCACAAUAAAAAAUCUAUUGGUAUUGCUCUGAUUGGAGAUUUUGAUAAAGAAGCGCCAGAUCCAUCUAUGCUAGACCUUAUACCGAAAAUUGCAUGGUGUGGGGUGGAAAAAAGACAGUGGGCCUGGUUGGUAGGUCACUGGGGCCAUGUCCAAGAAUUCGUGGGUUUGAUCCGUGCCAGCCGAAGACUCCCCGUGUAG